CCAAAUGGCAUGGUCAUAUUUUGAGAUCAACCCACUUAUCGGAUCAGCAGCCGCAUGCUCAACGGAUGCAAUCUCCUACUAAUUUGUCAUCACCUGGCAUCCCUCUGUCUCAUAUGUGCUGCGCCACCAUAAAGGAGCCAAUAGCCUCUAAGAAAUGCCGCGUUCACUCAUCGUCAGGCUCUCCAUCACACCGUCUUUUGAUAGAAUCUUCAUCGCGCCGGCAUAUCCACUUUAAGAAGCAGCAUGUAUGGAAGCCACAGCCUAUAGAAGUGGAGUCGCUCUUUUCACCUGUCCAAGUGUCUCGAAAGUGCAAGCGAGUUGUGUACUCUGAUGACGACGAUGAUGACAACAAGUCUGGCAAUACACGACAACAGCCUGAGACCGAGUACAGCCGGCCUGACGGUACUAUCAUCAAAGGCCUCCAAGUGUCACCGUCAAAGCUAACCUUCAAAGGUGACGGUGCUGUCACCUUUGAGAUUGAGACUGGUGUUGCAUGGUAUGAUAACGACCAUGCAGCAGUUAAAGAGUGGGAACAGCAGUUUCUGCAGUUUUUUGAUCUCUCGCCGAUUUCCAGUCCUGCAUAUGUGCAACACAGUUGGACAAAUUCACCUGAUGCAGAUCAGAAUUUACGCAGUGGCAAUCGGCCCGCUACCAAGACUGAUUUUAGUGCAAACAACAGCAUGAUCACCCUUUCUCCCAGACAGGAUUUGGCUCAGAGCGCCGUUGGAACUCCUUCGACCACGUUCUCAAUGCUUGAGGCUCAAAUUGUGCAGAAUGCCAGUAUCUCUCCUAUUGUCCUCUCUCCUAUUGUCCUCUCUCCUGCUUGCUCGUCUCGACCGCCAUCUUUUCCUGCGUCUCUGGCUACUUCUCUGUCUACUGCAAAACCUGUUGUCUUGUGCAAAAUUAUCUCCUGUGCCUCCGCUGUUCCACUACCAUCAUUCUCUUUGCAACCGGCUCGCUUUGACGACCCUACUGUGGCCACUAGCUCUACUCUUGACGAUUCCUUAGCCUUGGCAUCAUCACUCUUGUCUUUGUCAUUGCAAAAGCCUCAUUCUGCCAAUAGCCAACUGCCUGGCAACACAGAUAAGCUUGCCCGCCUUUGCACGUAUGGCAAAACCACUCGGGCGCCACCACCGACAGUUUGUCCAAUUGACAAUUGCAAAGACUUGGUCCCAUCAGAACUGUUGGCCCUCUUGGUUUUUCUUUGCUCUGCACAACCUACAAACGAGUUGGGCAUGCUAACGCAUCAGAUUGAAAUCUGCCAACGUAUUAAGUAUGAGAACAUGCUUUCCCAUGCGAGGACGGAGGGCUAUCCUACCAAGAUGGACUAUGGACGCCUCUCGCAACAUGUAGAAGAGGCUCACGCACGAACACUCACUAUUAUGCAGAACGGCAGCAAGAUGUCAUUUUUCCUCAAACUGAAAGAGCUUGAGGAACGUGCUAUUAGAGCAGCCACAGAUGCGGCGGCGAAGACGGGCGGCAAAGUGGAGAAGCCAUCGUUCCUACUCGGCAAUCUCAACUUUGCUGCUUCAGACCAGUGGCAUGAUGCCAUUGUGGACCUUUUGUGA